AUGUCUAAUACAGAAAAUCUCGCGGUACUUAAAAGACAACGCGCUAUGAUCAAAGGAUCUUGCACGCAAAUAAAACAUUACGUCGAGACAAUUACUGCUAUCAAUACCUCGACAACGGCUCAACUUGAGGAACGCAAAUUAAAACUAGAACAUUAUUGGGCCGAAUACCACACGGUACAGAUGCAAAUAGAAAUUUUAGAAGAAGUCGAAGGUAACGACCGGGCUGCGUUCGAGGACGCAUUUUAUGCCGUAUCCGCUAAAAUCAAGGAGUUAUUAAGCCCUCCCACACACUUACGCACUGCCGCUGUUUCGCCGGCAAUGCUUUCGGAAAUCUCGGACGCAACUUCCCGCGUGCGCUUACCUAAGUUAAAUUUACCGACAUUUUCUGGGAAAUAUGACGAGUGGUUCCCGUUCUUCGAUACAUUCACGUCGGUCAUACAUACGAACGCGUCUCUCAGUUGCAUACAAAAGUUUCAAUAUUUAAAGGCCUCUCUCACAGGCGAUGCGAGCAACGUAAUUAAUUCUCUAGAGAUUUCGGACGCGAAUUACAAUGCAGCGUGGAAUCUUCUUAAAGAGCGAUACGAUAAUAAACGGGUAAUCGUGCAAAAUCAUAUCAAGGCCAUUAUAGAAUUACCUUCCAUGACAAAGGAAAAUUAUACCGAGUUAAGGCAAAUCGCGGAUGGCGCGACAAAGCACAUACACGCGUUGCAAGCUCUAAAGCGACCCACUGCGUAUUGGGACGAUAUUUUAAUACACGUGCUAUGUUUGAAAUUCGAUCCCCUCACACUACGCGAGUGGCAAUCUUCGCUUACGGGUAACGAAUUACCAACGUCAAAACAAUUUUUCGAUUUUAUCACACGACAGUGUCAAAUGCUCGAAGUCACAAACAAAUCUAGUAACGUCGCGAACGUCAAGGACGGCGCUGCCAAGGCACACGCCAAGCGUCAAACAGCAUGCGCAGCUACCGUCAAGUCAAAAUGCAACUACUGUCGAGGGGAGCAUUCCAUUUAUUACUGUAAAAAUUUUCUGGCACUUCAGGUUCCUCAAAGGAUUGCGGAAAUUCGUUCUCGCAAAAUUUGCCUCAAUUGUCUGCGUUCCAACACGUACAUUGCUAACAAAUGCACUUCAGGAGGUUGCAAGGUCUGCCAAGCCAAGCAUAACACGCUUCUUCACAUGACGACCGUCUCGCAGCAAGCGCCUAAUUCCUCUAGCUCUUCAGAAAAGGGCAACUCCAACUCCGCAGAAUCCUCUGCCGUAGUAGCGACACACGUCGCAGGGGGAGGUGGUAACGUCAUAUUAUCAACAGCCAUGGUGCACGCGCGCGAUCAUCAGGGCGUGCUUUGA